UUCGCGCAGGUGUCUUCACCAUACUCUGUAAAAACGCGCGGUCUCUCGUUAACUUAAAGAUUAACAUCUGAAGAUAUUCUCCCUUUGUUAAUGAUAAAAAUUUCAUGGAAUAAGUCGUUAUCAUUAAGUACUAAAUAUUGUAGACUGAAGGGAGAUAUUAAAAGUAACUCGACAAUAAGUUUGAACUUGUCGAAUAUGAAGAUGGAGAAAAAUGAAAUUAAGACAAAGCAAGGUAAAAUCGCUUGUCCACUGUCAGAAUUAGAUUUAGGUAUCACUUUAAAAGGAGGUCAGAGUUUUAGGUGGUUCUCUCAUGAUGAUGGCUACAGAGGAGUAUUUAACAAAUGUGUUUGGACCCUUAAACAAAAUGAUACUCAUUUAUUCUAUGUAGUACAAGGUCUUUUAACAGAUUCUAUAAAUUAUGAUCAGACACUGUCAGAGUAUUUUAGAUUAGACGUAUCAUUGAAAGAUUUGUGUAAAAAUUGGUCUACAGUGGAUCAACAUUUUGAAAAAUCCAUGAAUCAAACAAAUGGUGUGAGAAUUUUAAAUCAAGAUGUUGUUGAAAAUGUGUUUUCUUUUAUUUGCAGUUCAAACAACAACAUACAAAGGAUUUCAGGAAUGAUUGAAAAAUUAUGUGCAUUGUUUGGUGAGAAAAUCUGCACAGUUGAUGGUAAAGAUUAUUAUACUUUUCCAUCCAUUGAACUAUUAACAGGAGAAAAUAUAGAAAAUCAAUUAAGGGAAGAAAAGUUUGGAUAUCGUGCAGGGUACAUAGCAGAUACAGCAAAAUGCUUACUGAAACACGGCGGGGCACAGUGGCUUUUAAACUUACACAAGAAAAACAAUACAUCAUACAUUGAAGCUAGAAAACAAUUAAUUACUUUACCUGGAAUUGGUCCAAAAGUUGCAGACUGUGUAUGUUUAAUGUCUUUGGGACACUUAGAUGCUAUUCCUGUAGAUACUCAUAUAUUUCAAAUUGCUAGAGCAAAUUAUUUACCUCACUUAGGACAGCAAAAAACAGUUACCCCAAAGAUUCAUGAAGAAAUCAGCAAUCAUUUACGUGAGUUGUGGGGUCCUUUAGCUGGUUGGGCACAAGCUAUUGUUUUCUGUGCAAAAAUUAACAACACUCCUGCUACUGCAUCGACCAAAAAACGUAAAAAUAGUAGAAACAAAAAAACUGUAAGUUCUAAGAGUCUGAAAAACAAUGACCAAUGAAAAAAUAUAGACGAUGAAGGACAUUAUUUUAAAUAAUUUUUUUGAUUAACACAUAUAUUUAUAUAUACAUAA